GAGUGUCUGAAGCCGUUGGCUGGUCCUGAACCGUUUGGCUUUCUCCACUAGCAAACAGCCCCACAAAUGCACCUCAUUCGCUCUUAAAUAUGUAUUUUUAAAGCGUUUAACCCUCGUCUACGCCGCUGCAAACAGCACCGGACGCUUGUUUGGGAAUUUAACUCGCGACUCGUCGCCUCAGAGCGGGCUUAUAACGCUUUGUUGCCGCUCUGUUUUAAAAAAUAGCCGAGGAGGAGGAAAUUCCACACAGGCAGCACAAGCACAGAAGGCUCCCCUUGUGUCGCCCGGGAUAUUAAAAUUUUAAGAGACUCGGAGCAGAAGGCUGAAGGUUGAAGCCUGACAUCCUGACGAGACCUGAUCACAUGGUGCUGAGACACCUGGACAGGACCCUUAUAAAUCGUUUGCAUCGCGGAAAAAUACUUGAUACUGUGGCUUGUAUCCUGAGUGCUGACCUCAUGGUGUAAGCAGGUGUAAAGAUGAGCAUAAGCAGUGAUGAGGUCAACUUUCUGGUGUACAGAUACCUACAGGAGUCAGGGUUUUCCCAUUCAGCCUUCACGUUUGGCAUAGAGAGCCACAUCAGCCAGUCCAACAUCAACGGAGCCCUAGUGCCCCCUGCUGCCCUCAUCUCCAUCAUCCAGAAGGGCCUGCAGUAUGUGGAGGCAGAAGUCAGUAUCAAUGAGGACGGCACCCUAUUUGAUGGCCGGCCGAUCGAAUCUUUGUCUCUGAUCGACGCUGUGAUGCCUGACGUUGUUCAGACGCGUCAGCAGGCUUACCGAGACAAACUGGCACAGCAGCAAGCUGCCGCCGCACCUCCAGCCUCCAGCACAAACAUGCAGGGCAACGCCAAAAAUGGAGAGAACACCGCCAACGGAGAAGAAAACGGUGCACAUGCCUUACCUAAUAACCAUGCAGACAUGAUGGAGGUAGACGGAGAUGUGGAGAUUCCUCAAAACAAAGCUAUGGUGUUAAGGGGGCACGAGUCUGAAGUGUUUAUUUGUGCCUGGAACCCUGUCAGCGACCUUCUCGCUUCUGGGUCCGGGGACUCGACAGCUCGCAUAUGGAACCUGAGUGAGAACAGCACCAGCAGCUCCACACAGCUCGUGCUCAGGCACUGUAUACGAGAGGGAGGCCAAGACGUGCCCAGCAACAAAGACGUUACAUCAUUAGACUGGAAUAGCGAGGGUACAUUACUAGCCACAGGCUCUUAUGAUGGCUUUGCCAGGAUAUGGACAAAAGAUGGUAAUCUUGCCAGCACCUUGGGUCAGCAUAAAGGACCUAUAUUUGCGCUGAAAUGGAACAAGAAAGGAAAUUUUAUCCUUAGCGCUGGUGUAGACAAGACAACAAUCAUUUGGGAUGCUCAUACAGGAGAGGCCAAGCAGCAGUUUCCCUUCCAUUCAGCACCUGCUCUGGAUGUGGACUGGCAGAGCAACAACACGUUCGCCUCAUGCAGCACAGACAUGUGCAUUCAUGUGUGUAAACUGGGCCAGGACCGACCCAUAAAGACAUUCCAAGGACACACAAAUGAAGUAAAUGCAAUCAAAUGGGAUCCAACUGGUAACCUGCUGGCAUCAUGUUCUGACGACAUGACGCUGAAGAUCUGGAGUAUGAAGCAGGACACUUGCGUUCAUGACUUACAAGCUCACAGCAAAGAAAUAUACACUAUAAAAUGGAGCCCGACUGGCCCUGGCACCAACAACCCCAAUGCCAAUCUCAUGCUUGCCAGUGCAUCCUUUGACUCCACUGUUCGACUAUGGGAUGUAGAUCGAGGCAUCUGCAUUCACACAUUAACCAAACACCAGGAGCCAGUGUACAGCGUCGCCUUUAGCCCCGACGGCCGCCAUCUGGCUAGCGGCUCUUUCGACAAGUGUGUACACAUCUGGAACACACAGACUGGUGCUUUAGUUCAUAGUUACAGGGGAACAGGAGGCAUUUUUGAAGUGUGUUGGAAUGCAGCUGGUGACAAAGUGGGUGCAAGUGCAUCGGAUGGCUCUGUUUGUGUAUUAGAUCUGAGGAAAUAACGCUGCUUGUUGGAAGCCAUGGACCGACUAUGAAUGUGUACAUAGCCAAAAUGACUGUCCCUGCCCCAUGUACUGCUACAAUCCCUAUUGUACCAUGGCCAGCCACUACAGACAGGACAGAAAAUAACGAGCAUCCUGAAGCAGCAGACAAAGCAGAGUGGAAAUAAUUCUAACCAGACACAUAAAAGGGACUUUUGUAAGUGACAUCGGUGGGGAAACAACACAAAAGAAGAAAGAAGAAAAAAAAAGACUGGUAUAUAUACCAAAAUUUGGAAGAUAUUUUACUAUUUGUUCUUCAAACCAAUCUCAUCAAAAUAAACGAGCGAAAAGAUUUUAA